GCUUUCACUUCCGGAUCAGCUGUCGACUGAACAAGAAACUGUAGCAAUGGAACCUGGCUACAUUCUGUGGGAAGCUGUCCGAACCAAUGAUGCUGAUACAAUAAAGCUGCUCCUCAAACCCUCUACAGACACAAAUACAAACUGUGCUAAAAGCACCCUUGAUUAUGUUCAUGAAGGCUUAUGCCCCAUACAUCUGGCCAUCAUCAAUGGAAAUGUGGAACUCCUUCAAACACUGCUGGCAUCGGGUGUCUCCAUGAGCAGGUUUCAGAUAAGACAUGCUAUAUCAUACAUUUCACAUGAAAACAGACUCAUUGACAAAUUGUCACAUGAUACAAAAUUCUCCAUUUUGUCUCUCCCUCUAUUAACCGAUGACCCUCACAUGCUGAGGGAGCUGCUGAAGCAUGACCCUGCUUUGUGUAGUGAUGACAAGGGGGAAGUGUUGGGCGUCGCCUGUGUCCUGGGACAGCUGGCACUGCUGCAUAUUCUGUUAGAUGCAGGAGGAUCCGUGUAUCUGGAACGUUGUGAAGCAUAUGAGCAGUUUCGACAGCAGUCACUGCUCCUCUUUGCUGUAGAUGACCCAGUUAAUUAUGAACUUGUGAAAUUAUUACUGGACAGAAAUGUGUCCCUAGCUGGCCGAGAUAAGGAUGGAAACACCCCUGUACAUAUCGCAGCCAAGUAUGGAAGUGGGGAGGUCGUGAAGCUGUUCCUUGAUGCACUCCGGACGAAGAGAGAGCCUGUGUGCUGCGUCAACUCCAACACCCACUCCCCCUUCCACAUCGCAUGUCAUCGCGGUCACCUUGGUGUGCUGAAGAUUCUCAUGGAGCAUAAAUGUGGGCGGCGGUGUCACCCUCAGGGACGGAAGUAUCUCCUCCACUCCGCAGCGAAGGCUGGGCAUGCCAACGUCGUCCACUACCUGCUUGAUCUCGGACAGGACGUGAACCAGCUGGACAACUUUGCAAACACACCCCUGUCUCAGGCUGUUGUGAAGGCAAACAACAUUGACAUCACAAGACUGCUGCUAAAUGCCGGCGCUAACCCCAACAUCCCCCAGCCCCCCUACUACAGCAUCAUCAUCUCCGCCGCGCAGAAGAGCUCUGUCGAACUUGUCACCGCACUCUUACAAAAUGGCGCCAGUGUCAACAGUGUGGACAUCCUUGGCUAUGCUCCAAUCAGCUACGUGUCUACAAGACGAGACUCACCUGAAGAAUUCAUCAAAAUCCUGGUUGAGUCUGGAGCCAAAGUUGACCACAGACACGGCGAUGGGAGUACAUCACUACACCGAGCUGUUGCUGAUGACAACCUACCAGCUGUAACCAGUUUGAUCCAGCAUCAAGCUGACAUCUCCAGUCGGAACCGGAUUGGGAAGCAACCCAUGCACUUUGCAGUAUCUGAAGAGAGUGCGAGGAUUCUGCUAGACAGUGGUGCCGAGUUGGAUGUACAGGAUGAGAUCGGCUACACACCGCUGAUGAGCGCAUGUCGGCACAAGAAUACUGUCGUUGGCCGUUUCCUUAUCCGUCAGGGUGCCAACAUCAACAUGACAACUGUCAAUGGUGUCUCGCCACUUGCUCUUGCAAUAGGUCAUGAUCUGACAUCACUUGUCCGUGAGCUUGUCCUGGCAGAUGUAAAGAACCUCAACGCGCCUGUGUUUGGACAUUUCAGCAACAUGUUGGAGCUGGCGCUAUGUCUCGAGUCUAACUCAGCAAUCUGUGAUAUCCUGCAUGCUGCCGGCACCUACAUCCGCCCGACGUUCUAUGAAGUGUCUCCGGAACUCUGUCCCCAGGAUUAUCUGAAUAUCCCCCACUGUCUCGGUGUCUACAAGCCCUAUGCUUCACUCAGUCUCAACGGGAUGUCGUGGGCCGAGUUCCUCACUGAGCUCAACAUGAAGCUGGACAUUGCCAAAUACAGAAGUCCCCUGUCUCUGCAGCUACGUUGUGGCCACUUUCUCAGGUGGCAUUUUGAUAAUGAUUGUAGGAAAAUCCGUCAGCUUCCCCUGCCAGAAACUAUUAUUAACGGAGUGCUGCUACUAGCAUGAUGUUGUGCACGCUAAUAGUGAAGGCCUGCCAAGCUCACAAACACACCUCAGAUAAAUUGUUUGAUAGGCAUUACUUAGAAGUUGACGGAUGACAAAGUAGACACAAUUUUUGGAUAACAACUUCUUAAUUUACUGGAAAGUAUACUUGCUUGACAACGGUAUAAGGAUCUAUACUGAAACACCGCCUUUACAGUAAAUAAAUAAGUUGUCAUCCAUAAAUUGUGUCUACUUUGUCACCUCUCAGAUAGACAAUGUUUAUGCCUGUGCAUACUACAAUGGUCUCUUUAAUAUUGGAGAGUGGGUUACCUCCUUAUUAUUCGGAGAUAAAUGUGGUCAGUAGUUAUCUCAUGAUAGGGAGGAACCAGUGGCCUGUGGUCAUCUCAUUAUAAGGAGGAACCAGUGGUCAGUGGUCAUCUCAUUAUAAGGAGGAACCAGUGGCCAGUGAUCAUCUCAUUAUAAAGAGGAACUGAUGGCCAGUGGUCAUCUCAUUAUAAGGAGGAACCAGUGGCCAGUGAUCAUCUCAUUAUAAAGAGGAACUGAUGGCCAGUGGUCAUCUCAUUAUAAGGAGGAACCAGUGGCCAGUGGUCAUCUCAUUAUAAGGAGGAACUGGUGGUCUGUGGUCAUCUCAUUAUAAGGAGGAACCAGUGGCCAGUGGUCAUCUCAUUAUAAGGAGGAACCAGUGGCCAGUGGUCAUCUCAUUAUAAGGAGGAACCAGUGGUCAGUGGUCAUCUCAUUAUAAGGAGGAACCCGUGGCCAGUGGUCAUCUCAUUAUAAGGAGGAACUGGUGGCCAGUGGUCAUCUCAUUAUAGGGAGGAACCAGUGGCCAGUGGUCAUCUCUUUAUAAGGAGGAACCAGUGGCCAGUGGUCAUAUCAUUAUAAGGAGGAACUGGUGGCCAGUGGUCAUCUCAUUAUAAGGAGGAACCAGUGGCCAGUGGUCAUCUCAUUAUAAGGAGUGGCCAGUGGUCAUCUCAUUAUAAGGAGGAACCAGUGGCCAGUGGUCAUCUCAUUAUAAGGAGGAACUGGUGGUCAGUGAUUAUCUCAUUAUAGGGAGGAACCAGUGGCCAGUGGUCAUCUCAUUAUAAGGGGGAACUUGUGGCCAGUGGUCAUCUCACUUUGAUAAUAUUUGCCAGAUUUCCAGGAAUUAAUAUUUCUUGAACUGACAUUAGGACCACUGAGAAUUAGUCGUGUGGACAGGAAGAUAUUUUCAUUUUAUUGAUCAUUGUCAGUUUUGCAAAUUCAUUAGGAAUAAAAUACUAACCAGUUGUAAAUUGUUGUAAUGUUCUACCAAACUGAAUACACCAUGAGAACAUUUUAUGUAUGUACGUGUGUGGGUAUAUAUGUGUGCAUGUUUGAUUAACAUUUUUUGUUAGAGCCUAUUACUUGUGAAGGUCAAGGUGACAACCCAUAUGAAGUACAGCUUGUUCAUGAAAUGUUUAUCCUACCAAGAUGACUGGUGAUGUGUAAUGCAGCAUGAACAGAUGUGAUAUGUGUCGUAUCACACGCCUAGCAUUCUCCUCACAACUAAUGGGAAGCAGGGUAGCUUUUGUGACCAACAGCAUCCAGCCUACGCUCAUCAGGACUUUACUUAGUUUGCAGUGAAUUGUCAAAUGAAAGCAUGUCAUAAUUCCUGCUUUUCACACACAUGAACAGAAAUUAGCUUCAAUCCAAGAGGCAUUUUCAUAUAUUUAAGACUUCAGUGGGAUAAAUAGAGGUCAUUAGUAGAUAAGUCAUGUUACAGUCCUCUGUAAAUCCACAACAUUCAAACGAUAAUGUACUAAUCAUUGACAUGACACAUCCAUGAAAAAGAAGCAAAUGAAUGGCAACAGUGCAAAGGUAAAAGACCAGAUUCAAUGUUGCCAGUUCAGAAGUUUCUAGACUAACAAACCAAAGUAACAAAAGAGUAAACAUAAGAAUAGUACUGUGUAAUGUUAGAUCUCAGAAGAUAACAAUCAAUAAACAUGUGGACUGCCAUCUUAGUGACUUCAACUCCGCCCAUCUGGGAUGCAAUUUUUUAAUACUGGCCCAUCAGCAAAACAGGCCAUCUCAGACUGUUGUGUAUUUUGAACACUGUUGUAUAGGACUAACACCAGUCUUUGUGCUACUGUCUGCCCAACAAUCUUAGCACUAUGACUUUUGUAAUGCAUUAGUGUGCAUGGACUACACAAUCUAAGCACUUCAACUGUCAUAAAUCUUUGUUUAAAGGAAUUAGUUUCUACUAGGUCUGGGACGGGUAACUCAGGUACCCGGGGUUGGUGGGUACUGAGUAGGACCCUGGUACCUACAGGACUACCCGGACCCGUGGUUAGUCACGUGAUAUGUUGUUUAAUGGCAAAAAUUAUCUAGAA